UUGGACAGGGCAGGAGAAAAAAAAAAAAAAAAAAAAAAAAACUCAUUUCCCCGGAUGCAGAUCAUUAAAGCUCCCUCGCCAGGUUGCUAGGGGUGUAGUAGGUCGGAUGAGGAGAAGGAGAGACAUUGGGUGAGCUACCCCAAGGUUGAUCCAUUGCAGACCUGGGUAGCUCUAGCCGUCCCCUCUUCUCUUCUCUUGCUCUGCGGCAAACCAUAAGAAUAGCAGCUGUCGUCUCUUCUUUUCCUUCGUCUGAUCUGCUCGUCUUUGCCUCUUUACCAUCUUCAUUUCUUUCUUCUCGCCUUGUAUUGUGGCGGGAUCCCGGACUUUCGUCUCUUGCUACAGGCGUUCACCUCGCCUCACCGUCCAUUAUCUUGCAGCGGUGGCGUCCGCUCCUGCGUAGUCUAGUAGAUUAUACCUAAUAUUUAAAUACACACUUCCACGACCACACGGGUCCAACGCACCCUCGUCAACCACUGUCAGUGUUAGAUUCGCCAAAGGCAGCCCGGCCAGCUAGCCAUGUCUCCUCUGUGGAAGACGGCAGCAGCAAUUGCUGUUGCUGCCUCUGGAUCCUUGGUCAAUGCUGUGUACAUCAACGGGUCCAUCAUAACGCCAUGUGACUCGCUCAUUUACUGCCGCGGCGAGCUGCUCAAGGAGGUGGAACUGGCUCAUCCUUUUGCCGACUCCAAGACGUUUGUGGACAUGCCCACGAUCAAGCCGGUGGACGAGGUUAUUGAAGCCUUCAACAAGCUCCAGAAGCCUCUCAGUAACAACACGGAGCUUCAGGACUUCCUACGCGAGAAUUUCGCUCAGGCUGGUGGUGAGCUUGAGGAGGUACCCAACUCGGAACUGGAGACGGAUCCUGUCUUUUUGGACAAACUCGACGACACGGUCAUCCGCGAGUUCGUGGAAAAGGUCAUCGAUAUAUGGCCCUCCCUCACCAGACGCUACAAGGGCCCCUCCAACUGCGAAGCUUGCGCCGACAGCUUCAUCCCCGUCAACCGCACGUUCGUCGUCGCUGGCGGUCGAUUCCGAGAGCCUUACUAUUGGGACUCGUACUGGAUCCUCGAGGGUCUGUUGAGAACCGGUGGCGCUUUCACCAACAUCUCCAAGAACACCGUGGAGAACUUUUUGGAUCUUGUAGAAACCAUUGGUUUUGUGCCCAAUGGUGCCAGGAUCUACUACAAGAACCGUUCCCAGCCCCCCUUGCUUUCCCAGAUGGUUCGCAUCUAUGUGGAGCAUACCAAUGACACUUCCAUCCUGGGCCGUGCCGUCCCGCUCCUCAUCAAAGAGCAUGAGUUCUUCAUCAACAACCGCUCCAUCGACGUCGAAGCAUCCAAUGGCAAGACAUAUAGACUGCAAAGAUACGCCGUGACAAACACACAGCCCCGACCCGAAUCUUACCGAGAGGACUACAUUACAGCCAGCAAUAGGUCCUACUACUCACCGUCAGGCAUUAUCUACCCAGAGUCUCACCAGCUUAACGAGUCCGAGAAGGCGGUUCUCUACUCUCAUCUCGCCAGUGGAGCCGAGUCCGGUUGGGACUACACCUCGAGAUGGUUGUCGACACCCAGUGAUGCUGUUCGCGACAAUUACUUCCCUCUCCGAUCGCUUAACACCAACAACAUCGUGCCCGUUGAUCUCAACUCUAUCCUGUACGCCAACGAGGUCGCAAUCGCAGAGUUCUUGAACAGAACUGGCAACAGCACAGGAGCUUCGGAUUGGAUGGAUCUUGCCAAACAGCGGAGCGAAGCCAUGUACGCGCUGAUGUGGAACGAGACACUAUGGAGCUACUUUGACUACAACAUGACCUCCAAGACCCAGAACAGGUUCAUUCCUGUCGACGAGGAUGCCGUAUCGAUCGAGACGAACAACGCCCCAGCCGGCCAACAGGUGUUUUUCCACGUAGCGCAGUACUAUCCGUUCUGGACCGGCGCGGCGCCCCGUAGCCUUAAGAACAACCCGCUGGCGGUCCUCAGGGCAUACGAACGUAUCGAUGCAUACCUUGACAUCAAGCGCGGCGCCAUACCGGCCACCAACCUCAAGACUGGCCAGCAGUGGGACGAGCCUAACGUGUGGCCGCCGCUAAUGCAUAUCCUGAUGGAGGGCCUGACCAGGGUCCCCGCAACGUUUGGAGAGGACGACGUGGCCUGGACUGAGAUCCAGGACCUCGCACUAAGGCUGGGUCAGAGGUACCUUGACUCAACGUUCUGCACUUGGUACGCCACGGGCGGGUCGACGAGCGAGACACCGCAGUUGCAAGGGCUCAAUGCGGAGGACAAGGGUAUCAUGUUUGAGAAGUACGGCGAUAACUCAACCAAUGUCGCCGGUUCGGGAGGCGAAUACGAAGUGGUCGAGGGUUUCGGGUGGACAAACGGAGUGCUCAUGUGGGUUGCCGACACCUUCAACAACAAGCUGACGAGGCCAGACUGCGGCAACAUCACGGCCGCCAAUGUGCACUCGGACGGCUCCCAGGCGAGGAAGAGGGGUGAGAUGUGGAGCGCUCUCGAGAUGCAUCCAUACGACGCGGCGUGGACCAAGGAGUUUGGGGCGAGGAAGGUCAGGAGGGAUAAGGCUGAGGCAAGGGCGUUGGGGAACGUCAUGGGAGGUGUUUAGAGUGGUUGUUGACGGUUAUUAAGCAAGCAAACGGGCAUCGUAUAUUCUUGAUAUUGGCACGGCGGAUGAUAAUGAUGAUGAUUAUGAUGGUAAUUGCUAGCUCAGCUGUUAAUAUGAUAUGAAUACAGAUGUAAGCCGUUUUCUACA